CUUCCACCGGCUUGUCCUCUAACCAACAGCCAAAGCCUCGCUGAUAUGACGAGGCGCAUGCGCGUUUUUGCUCCGUCCUAGGCGGUUGGAGUCAGCGCCGUACUGCUUGCCCGCAGCCAUGGCCGGGGCGCUGAAGAAGACUACUGGGCUCGUGGGACUAGCUGUAUCUGAGACUCCUCACGAGCACCUGAGAAUACUGUAUACAAAAAUCCUCACUGCUCUGCAGAAGAUCCCCAAAGAUGCAGCAUAUAGGAAAUACACUGAACAGAUUGUAAAUGAGCGGCUUAACAUGGUAAAAACAGAACCUAAUGUGCAAAAACUAGAAGACAAAAUGAAAAGUGGUCAGAUAGAAGAAGUGAUAAUACAGGCUGAAAGUGAGCUCUUUCUGGCAAGAAAAAUGGCACAGUGGAAACCAUGGGAGCCUUUAGUUGAAGAACCUCCUACUGACCAAUGGCGAUGGCCAAUAUAAUAGUCAGCAUUAUUUCAGUAACUACUUGAGAAUCGAAAAAAACACUUUAUUAAAUAUUAGUAUCAUGUUACUGAAAAUUGUUUGUCUUUAAAUUAAAGAAAAUAGCUUUUUGUAUAUGAUUUGUUUUGCCUCUAUUUACAUUUAGCAGAUGUAAAGGUCCAGUCUGACUUUCUUGCAACAAUGCUUUACUAAAACUUUGUUAAGCUAUUGGCCAAUCUGAUUAUUUUCUUUCCUAGCUCGUUGAUUUAACAAUAUAUUUAAGUAGAAACAUAAACUUUCUUCUGUGUAAUUCCCCUUCUUUUCUUGUCUGAUCCACUUCUUGACAUUUUAUCAACAUGGAAGCAAUUUUCAUGUCUCAGACUCUGGAUUGUGGCUACACUGAACUGGCUAAGGCAAGAAGAGGAAGGGGUGAACUGCAUUUUAUACAAAUGCUUGAUGAUCAGCUGUGGUGAGAUAAAUACAGAUAAAACUGUGUGUCCGUUUGAUACUUUUGAUUAAAUUGGUACGUUUGUAAAGUUUUGGAAGUCACUCUGGGGAAAAAGGAAAUAAUAAAAAACAAGUCUGCAACCAAAAUUAUUUAACUAAUGGAGGCAAAAAGUACAAAACUUAAAGUUCCGCUACCCUUCCACACGUGAAUUUUGUUUGAUAGUGUGCUGGUAAUUUUUAAGGAUUUGAGAAUCACUGAGGAUAAUCCUAAGAGUGUACAAAUGCAUCUGUAACUCAGCUCAUGCUGUGUUGAUGUGAACUGGCAUAUAGCCUUCAGAUAAAAGAACUUGACAUUCAUAAUUGAUAGUUUGGGCCACAUUGUUUUCCUAUUUACUUAAAUGGGAAUAGAGUAAGACCAUUGGUGAAGAAAAUAUUUCAAUGUGCUUAAUAAACCUGUAGAGUUCAACAUUGAAAAGCAUAACAGAAAUCACAGGGAUCAGAGCUGAGGCUAUUUUUAUUUAUUCUUUCAGUACCAUGAUCCAAGUAAUGCUUUCAAGUUUGCAAGUGACAUAUAGCCUCUGAGGAACAGUAUGUGAGCUAACAAUGCAGUUUUAUACAGAAGAACUCACAGUGAGCAUUAAAGAUUUAGAUUAAUAGACUGCCAGUACAGUCAUAUAUAAAACAGCUAGUUUUGGAGAGGCUAUUUCCUUAACUAAAAACGGUUGCAUUUAGAGACAUGGAUAAUGUUGCAGGAGAACUCUAAUAUGCAGUUCAUCGUGCAGGUACCAUGAAGUUAGCAAGCAGACUACAACUAAGAUCCUAAAAUGUUGGGUAGUUACGUGGAACUUACUUCACGUUACUUGUAUAUACUAAGGCAGUUGACCUCUUGUGGGUUAUAAUUAACAAGCCUAAAGAAAGUCAGUGAUAGAGGCAUUUUCAGCUUAGGAUAUGGCAAAGCUAGAACUCUGUACACAGUAUGCAUGUUUCAUUUGCUAAGCCCACUUGAUUAAACUGUUCUUCCCAAAUGCACCACUCCCCACACUUGUUUUGCAAAGGCUAUUUGUUUUAUUCCCAUUGGAAAAAAAUACAUAAACUGAGACGUUUUAGCACUGCUAUAUAUAGAAGAGUAUUAUUACAAAGGGUUGGAAUCCCUGCUAUGAAAAUUGAUUAUGUAUAAUGCUUUUAGACUUGAAUACUAAAGUAAGGGAUUGUCUAUAUGGCUAUCUAGUACACAUGUGCACUGUAAUAUUUUCAAUACAAGUAUUUUCAGGUAAGGAGUAGCCAACUGCAUAUGUGAAAUAUUUCAUGUACUCUUUUAAGCAAAUUAUCAGAUUAUACCCGUAAACUGACAUGGAUUGGGACCCUGCUUUGAGUUGAUACCCAUACAAAAAUAAGAGCUCCAGAAUGUUGAGAUUCCAGGUUGUGGCUGAGGAGAUAAAAGUAUUGGGCAACACCAAAUAAACAGUUAUGUGCAUUUUCAACAUGAGAUGUAAAACAUCUUUUCCAUACAAAAUUUCAACAACUUUUAAAUGAAAAGAGUCUAAGUCUUUAUCUUUUUGUGACUAAAGAAUAGCUAUUCAUACUUCAGGCAGGAUUUGAUUUGAUUUGAAUCAAACCUGUGUAAAUAUAUCAAAGUGUUUUGACCUAUAAACCUGUGAGGAAACAAAGGAAAAUGGGGCUUCAGCUACUGAGUGGUAUUUUCAGUAACAAAACUGUACAACCGUUCUGUACUGUAAUUGGAUUUGAUAUUCAGGAGGUAAUUGUAAAUAUAUAUUUUGGAUAUUCAAAAUGUAUUAAUGGUUGGAUAUGGACUCAACUUUUAGGAGUUUAAUAUCAUACAUCGUUCAUAGUGGUGGACUUUUCCUUAUGAAUUUUCACAUAAGUAGUUUGAUUUAACCUAUGCUUUUUUUGUUAUGAGGAACUAAUGAGAUCCAAAUACCUAAUAUACAGGCAAGAGCAAGCUUAAAGUUGUAUACAUUUAGGAUACUGGAGAAAUGGUAAGGAGAAGAUCGUUGGGGAGAGUAUACAGGAAAAGUAACUAACUAGACUUGUAGUAGUAUCAUCCCACUAUGUUUUGCUUUGUAUAUUUUUAAAUGUUUAACAUAUCUGUUAGAUAAUAUCUGCAUAUUAUGUGGGGUGGGGGUGUGUUCCUAUCUUUACAGCACCAAGCAUGUAUUUGGGAAAGUACUGUAAUACAGAACAAAAUAUAUAUUAAUUUACUACAUUUGUAGAAUUUCUAAAUAUUUCUAAAACUAUAUUUAUUGAAUGGACAGAGCUGUUACAGUAGCUGACCAGUUGAUGUUUUCAGGACAAAAUUGCUAGUUUAUAUUUUGUAAAUAUCUGAAUGUUUACAUUUUGAAUAAUGAAAUUCUAAAAUAUUCAUUUUAAAAGAUUAUUGCCAAGUUAAAGUAUCUUUUGGUUAUGUUAAUGAGAGGUUUUUAAUAGACUCUUCCAAUUUUAAUUGGUUCCAUAGUUUAGCUGGAUUUGUUUAUUUGUAGUAUUGCUAGUGAUCCACAAUAAGAUUUUUUUUUUUUUUUUAAAUGGUAAGGGCUAGUAUCUUCCAAGAUAAAGCCACUAGAUGGCAUUCCACAUGAGGACUGCAGUUAGGUAAAAAAAUGCAAUUUUGUUAGAUGAUAAAUGAUUAUAAGCUGAAUGAGGGUGAGCAAUGUCAGAUGAUGAAAGAGGAAUUAAAAUAAAUGGUUUUAGAUAAUGGGUACUGAGCUGAUGUGAGAUGAAGAUAUGCAAAUUAGUAUGAAUUAUGAUAUUGCAUUUAGUAGUUUUCCCAUACACAUAAAAAAAAAACUUUUCUUAUCACGUCUCCAAAGUGCAGUAGCAACUGAAACACAAAGGAAAAAGUCUUGCACCAACUCUGCUGAAAACAAGAAAAGGGAUGUAGUAGUUAAGUAGAAGUAUGUGUUGUCUUCAAAACUGUCUUCCAGUCCUUCACGCACACAAGGUAUGUCUGCACUAGUGUUUUUGGCUUUGGUUAAUUGGCAGAUUACCUCAAGGUGGCUAACACAUUUUGUAAAGUUAGCUGUGUUAGUCCUAGGACAUGACACAAGGUGGUGAGGUACUAUCAGUUAUUGGACCAAUUUCUGUUGGUGGAAGAGACAAGCUUUUGAACUUCAUAGAGCUUCUUUCAAGCUUCUUCAGCUUGUCUCUUCCACCAACAGAAGUUGGUCCAGUAAAAGAUUACCUCACCCACAGUUCCAGGCUACAAUAAUUUCUAGUUUUUGAUUAAAAUGGUAUACUUUUAAAGUUUUGGAAAUCACUCUGGAACAAACAAUUGGCGAGUGUCUAGACUAGCCUGUACAAAUACGUUAAUUACCUGGAGUUAGCUGGGAAUAAAUUAAUUAGUGGGUUGGUUGGUUUGUUUGUUUUUUUAAACACUUUAGGGAAAACAACCCUACAAUUUGCGAACACGGGUUUUCCUGCUUUUUUUCCCUAAACUGUUACUACAAGUUGAGAACCCAUUAUGGCUUAUUCCUAUAUUAAACCACAUAAUGAAAAUAAUUGCAAGGGGUUUAAUUAUCUCGGGCUGUAUCUACACUAUGGAGAUUGUGCUGGCUGUACUGUUGAUAUUAACUCUUUCCAUCGGUGCACGUUUUCUGUUGGUGUAGGAAUGCCACCUCCCUGAAUGAAGUUAGAUAUGGUGACGGAAGCAUUUUUCCAUUGACAGUGCUCAGUGUAGAUGCAGCUAGGUUGGCAUAGUUAUGUCAGCUGGGUGUGGGUUCCCCGCAUUCCCUGCCCUGACUGAUGUGGUUAUGGUGGUAGACCAAGCCGCAGAAAACAGCAAGUAAAUCAUAUGUGCUCUGCAUGAUAAGACUGAAAAUGUAACUGAUUUUAUGUUGUGGAUUCAACAUUAAAUACCAAUUGCUGGUAAUAAAGUGGGGACAAGUAAUGAAUUAGA